AUGAUCACUCCCCAACAGAUGCAGCAGAUACUGUCCCCUCCUCAGCUACAGGCCCUGCUGCAACAGCAACAGGCCCUUAUGCUACAGCAGGUAACCCAUAUGAACGCACACUCUCCUUCCUGGGCUCAGUCCCAGCCCAGCAUGUCUAAAUGUGUCUAUGUUGAGGUACUGACACACUGGUUGUGAUUGUAUCCUCUGGCACAGUUACUGAGCGCUUUGAGGCCUUUGAACAGAGUGUAACACACGCAUGCACACACACCCACACAGACACAUAACCACACACACACACAGACACACACGCAGUCUCACACUUGCCAAUUCUAUAACGCCUGUUUAGUCCUCGAGCACCUCCCCAUCAGUGAGCAGAGCCAAACUCUUACAAAUGCUUAUUUUAGCAAUGUAACACCCAGCCACACACUCAGCCACAAACACCUCGCAGCCAGCGAGAGCUUAUGUUAACCGUCUUUGGGCACCAGUUAACAUGUCCUGGUUGUUGGUUGGUUAGGAGUUUGUGAUGAGGUGCUAUGAUCUGGGUGUGUGUUGGAGGCGGGAGUGUGUUUGUUCCGUUUGGUUCGGCACAGCAACCACUCUUACCUGGCAGGCAACAUCACACAUCUGUCAAAUAUUUAACGCAGCGGCGUCGUGGCUAGCACCAAACACCUCACAAACCUACGGAAAUUAGUCCACAUACACACUCACAAAAAUACACACAUACAUACAUACACCACAUGCAAAUACACACAAACACACACUCUAAAACAUGCUGGGUUGUUUGGUUGACCCAACUGCUGGGUUGCAGGUGUUGGGUCACUUAGUUAGGUUGUUUUCAUAAAAAAAAUGCUGGGUUAUUGGUACUUGGUUAUUGAGAUAAGACCCAGUGGGUAGAUAGUUAUUUUUAGAUGCCCAUGAGAGUAAAUGUAAUUCCUGUUCAUAUGUUCUGUUGCAUAGUUAUCACAUAUUAAGGUCGACCAUUGACAUUUUUAUAGCUUCAAUGACGCUUACAGAAAUGUAUGAGUUCCCUAAAAGCCUAUGUCUACACCAUUGUUGGGAUACAAUAAGGUGGUAUACUUUAUUACAAUAAGUAAUACAUCAUCUUAAUAUUAUAGAAGAAUGUGUAAAAAAAUAUUCUUGAAAUUAGAAUUUGCAGGAUGUAAACUUUUUUUGGGGGGGGGUCGGGGGGUAGAUCAGCUUUAAUAUUGCAGAUACAGUGGGGAGAACACGUAUUUGAUACACUGCCGAUUUUGCAGGUUUUCCUACUUACAAAGCAUGUAGAGGUCUGUAAUUUUUAUCAUAGGUACACUUCAACUGUGAGAGACGGAAUCUAAAACAAAAAUCCAGAAAAUCACAUUGUAUGAUUUUUAAGUAAUUAAUUUGCAUUUUAUUGCAUGACAUAAGUAUUUGAUACAUCAGAAAAGCAGAACUUAAUAUUUGCUACAGAAACCUUUGUUUGCAAUUACAGAGAUCAUACGUUUCCUGUAGGUCUUGACCAGGUUUGCACACACUGCAGCAGGGAUUUUGGCCCACUCCUCCAUACAGACCUUCUCCAGAUCCUUCAGGUUUCGGGGCUGUCGCUGGGCAAUACGGACUUUCAGCUCCCUCCAAAGAUUUUCUAUUGGGUUCAGGUCUGGAGACUGGCUAGGCAACUCCAGGACCUUGAGAUGCUUCUUACGGAGCCACUCCUUAGUUGCCCUGGCUGUGUGUUUCGGGUCGUUGUCAUGCUGGAAGACCCAGCCACGACCCAUCUUCAAUGCUCUUACUGAGGGAAGGAGGUUGUUGGCCAAGAUCUCGCGAUACAUGGCCCCAUCCAUCCUCCCCUCAAUACGGUGCAGUCGUCCUGUCCCCUUUGCAGAAAAGCAUCCCCAAAGAAUGAUGUUUCCACCUCCAUGCUUCAUGGUUGGGAUGGUGUUCUUGGGGUUAUACUCAUCCUUCUUCUUCCUCCAAACACGGUGAGUGGAGUUUAGACCAAAAAGCUCUAUUUUUGUCUCAUCAGACCACAUGACCUUCUCCCAUUCCUCCUCUGGAUCAUCCAGAUGGUCAUUGGCAAACUUCAGACGGGCAUGUAUAUGUGCUUUCUUGAGCAGGGGGACCUUGCAGGCACUGCAGGAUUUCAGUCCUUCACGGCGUAGUGUGUUACCAAUUGUUUUCUUGGUGACUAUGGUCCCAGCUGCCUUGAGAUCAUUGACAAGAUCCUCCCGUGUAGUUCUGGGCUUAUUCCUCACCAUUCUCAUGAUCAUUGCAACUCCACGAGGUGAGAUCUUGCAUGAAGCCCCAGGCCGAGGGAGAUUGACAGUUAUUUUCUGUUUCUUCCAUUUGCGAAUAAUCGCACCAACUGUUGUCACCUUCUCACCAAGCUGCUUGGUGAUGGUCUUGUCGCCCAUUCCAGCCUUGUGUAGGUCUCAAUCUUGUCCCUGACAUCCUUGGAGAGCUCUUUGGUCUUGGCCAUGGUGGAGAGUUUGGAAUCUGAUUGAUUGAUUGCUUCUGUGGACAGGUGUCUUUUAUACAGGUAACAAGCUGAGAUUAGGAGCACUCCCUUUAAGAGUGUGCUCCUAAUCUCAGCUCGUUACCUGUAUAAAAGACACCUGGGAGCCAGAAAUCUUUCUGAUUGAGAGGGGGUCAAAUACUUAUUUCCCUCAUUAAAAUGCAAAUCAAUUUAUAACAUUUUUGACAUGCGUUUAUCUGGAUUUUUUUGUUGUUAUUCUGUCUCUCACUGUUCAAAUAAACCUACCAUUAAAAUUAUAGACUGAUCAUUUCUUUGUCAGUGGGCAAACUUACAAAAUCAGCAGGGGAUCAAAUACUUUUUUCCCUCACUGUAUAACUUUUGUAUGACAGAAGCUUUUAGUGAUAGGUCUAAUGCUUUAAUUUUUAAUAAUUUCUGUCCUCUGAAUUCAUAUUCAUUAUAUAAAUAGGCCCGUUUAAUUUUGUCUGGCUUGCCGUUCCAAAUAAAAUCGAAUAUUUUUUUCUCAUAUAAUUUAAAAACUGUUUGCUAGGCGUAGGCAAGACCAUAAGCAAAUAGGUAAACUGGGAUAAUACUAAAGAGUUAAUCAGGGUGAUUUUUCCACAAAUUGACAGGUAUUUACCUUUCCAUGGUAGCAAGAUCUUAUCUAUUUUAGCUAACUUUCUAUAAACAUUUAUUGGAGUGAGAUCAUUUAUUUCAUUUGGGAUAUGUAUUCCAAGUAUAUCCACAUCACCAUCAGACCAUUUUAUUGGUAAACUACAUGGUAAUGUACACAUUUUAUUUUCUAGUGAUCCAAUACGUAAUAUAGUACAUUUAUCAUAAUUUGGUUGUAAUCCAGAGAGGUUAGAACAUGUAUCUAGCUCCUCUAUGAGGCUGUGGAGGGAUUCAAGUUGUGGAUUUAAAAGAAAACAUGAAUCAUCAGCGUACAAUGACACCUUUGUUUUUAAGCCCUGGAUUUCUAAUCCCUUGAUAUUAUUGUUGGAUCUGAUUUUAAUAGCUAACAUCUCGAUGGCCAUAAUAAAUAGAUAUGCCGAUAGUGGACAACCUUGUUUCACUCCUCUUGACAGUUUAAAACUUUCUGAGAAAUAGCCAUUAUUUACUACAGUGGGGAAAAAAAGUAUUUAGUCAGCCACCAAUUGUGCAAGUUCUCCCACUUAAAAAGAUGAGAGAGGCCUGUAAUUUUCAUCAUAGGUACACGUCAACUAUGACAGACAAAUUGAGGAAAAAAUAUCCAGAAAAUCACAUUGUAGGAUUUUUAAUGAAUUUAUUUGCAAAUUAUGGUGGAAAAUAAGUAUUUGGUCACCUACAAAAAUGUUUGUAAAUGGACUGGAUCUUUAUAUUUUCCACUUGUAUCCUGUUUCAGUAAUAAUGAAAUCAGACCUUCUUCUUGAGUGUCAUAAUCUACCAUAGGAGUGGUUAAAACAUGCUAAUAACGAUCCUCUGAGUAUAUCAAAAAAGGUUUGGUAUACCUCGACUGGUAUGCCAUCCAACCCUGGAGUGUUUUCCCGGACUUAAAGUCUUUAAUUGCAUCCAGAAGUUCCUCCUCUGUAAUUUCAACUUCACAUGAGUCUUUCUGUAUGGCUGUUAAAUUUACAUUAUCAAUAGAAAUAAAAUCUCUACAAUUAGCUUCAGUUAGAGGAGAUGAGGUGACUGAAACGAAAGCAUAUGCUUAAAGUACUUUGUUUCCUCUUCAAAAUAUAAUUUGGUGAAUCAUGGGUGACUCCAUCAUUUGCAACCAGUUUCAGUCAAUUCUUUUUGGUAGCAUUCCUAUGUUGAAGAUUAAAAAAGAAUUUGGUGCAUUUUUCCACAUAUUCCAUCCAGUUUGCUUUAUUUUUAUAAUAUAUUACACUUGAUCUUUCUUGAAUAAGUUUCUCCAUUUCUUUUUGUUUUUCCUCUAAUUGGGUGUAAACUUAACAUGAUGAACAGGAAUGACAUUUACUCUUACGGGUGGCCAAUAAGAGCUAGCUGAAAGCGACACCCCUAACAAGCCAUGCGUCCUGUAAUACCCAAAUGAUGGUUAAAUUAACCCAUGUUUGGGUAAUCCCAACAACCCAACAUGUAGGGAUAUUCACGGAACCUAACUGGCUGGGUCAAAAUAACCCAACAUGUGUUCUGUCCACUAUUUAACCAGCACUGGGUUAUCAAAUAACCCAAAUUGGGUUGUUUUUAGCCCGUCAUUGUUUUGAGUGCAGGCAUGUACAGACACAAACACAGAUGUGCAGAGAGAUGCACUCAAACAGGCACACAUACAGUGCAUUUGGAAAGUAUUCAGACCCCUUGACUUUUUCCACAUUUUGUUACGUUACAGCCUUAUUCUAAAAUGGAUUACAUAUUUUUUUCCCCUCAUCAAGCUACACACAAUACCUCACAAUAACAAAGCGAAACAGGUUUUGCAAAUGUAUUACAAAUAAAAAACAGAAAUAGCUUAUUUACAUAAGUAUUCAGACCCUUUGCUAUGAGACUCGAAAUUGAGCUCAGGUGCAUCCUGUUUCCAGUGAUCAUCCUUGAUGUUUCUACAACUUGAUUGGAGUCCACCUGUGGUAAAUUCAAUUGAUUGGACAUGAUUUGGAAAGGAACACACUUGUCUAUAUAAGGUCCCACAGUUGACAGUGCAUGUCAGAGCAAAAACCAAGCCAUGAGGACGAAGGAAUUGUCCGUAGAGCUACGAGACAGAAUUGUAUCGAGGCACAGAUCUGGGGAAGGAUACCAAAACAUUUCUGCAGCGUUGAAGGUCCCCAAGAACACAGUGGCCUCCAUCAUUCUUAAAUGGAAGAAGUUUGGAACCACCAAGACUUCCUAGAGCUGGCCACCCGGCCAAACUGAGCAAUUGGGGGGAGAAGGGCCUUGGUCAGGGAGGUGACCAAGAACCCGAUGGUCACUCUGACAGAGCUCCAGAGUUCCUCUGUGGAGAUGGGAGAACCUUCCAGAAGGACAACCAUCUCUGCAGCACUCCACCAAUCAGGCCUUUAUGGUAGAGUGGCCAGACGGAAGCCACUCCUCAGUAAAAGGCACAUGACAUUCCGCGAGUUUGCCAAAAUACACCUGAAGGACUCUCAGACCAUGAGAAACAAGAUUCUCUGGUCUGAUUGAAACCAAGAUUGAACUCUUUGGCCUGAAUGCCAAGCGUCACGUCUGGAGGAAAGCUGGCACUAUCCCUACGGUGAAGCAUGGUGGUGGCAGCAUCAUGCUGUGGGGAUGUUCUUCAACAGCACGGACUUGAAGAUUAGUCAGAUUCGAGGGAAAGAUGAACUGAGCAAAGUACAGAGAGGUCCUUGAUGAAAACCUGCUCCAUAGAGCUCAGGACCUCAGACUGGGGUGAAGGUUCACCUUCAAACAGGACAACAACCCUAAGCACACAACCAAGACAACGCAAGAGUGGCAUCGGGACAAGUGUCUGAAUGUCCUUGAGUGGCCCAGCCAGAGCCCGGACUUGAACCCGAUGUAACAUCUCUGGAGAGACCUGAAAAUAGCUGUGCAGCGAUGCUCCCCAUCCAACCUGACAGAGCUUGAGAGGAUCUACGGAGAAGAAUUGGAGAAACUCCCCAAAUACAGGUGUACCAAGCUUGUAGUGUCAUACCCAAGAAGACUCAAGGCUGUAAUCGCUGCUAAAGGUGCUUCAACAAAGUACUGAGUAAAGGGUCUGAAUACUUAUGUGAUAUUUCAGUUUUUUAUUUUUAAUACAUUUGCAAACAUUUCUAAAAACCUGUUUCUGCUUUCUCAUUAUUGGGUAUUGUGUGUAGAUUGAAGAUUUUUUUGAAAUUAAUUUUGAAAUAAGGCUGUAACGUAACAAAAUGUGGAAAAAGUAAAGGGGUCUGAAUACUUUCCGAAUGCACUGUACACACACACUUCCUCUCCUGUACGUGUUGAAUAGGCAGCUAUUAAAAGUGUGUAGAUAGAACAGUAAUUCUGACAGAGGCAGGGCUAGAACAUAUAUAUUUAACACACACACAUAAGUCCAGGGCUUGAACAGACAGUAGAUUUAAUAAGGAAGUGUUGCUUUAGGCUACUAUAAAUUGCAGUGGGAAGAUCUGACAAAAUGGAUGGUAAUGGAAAUAUGCUGGCUCUCUGGGAAUGAGACGGUUAAGAAGGGCUUGCACAGCUCUUUUUACUCUAACGAGGAGAGAGGCAGUGGGGGUGAAACACUUACACACACUCACAUGCAUGCACACACACUUGUGUAAGGCCAUUUUACCUCUGCUUUUAAAACCACUUGAGUUUAACACAACUCUCCCACUUAAUUAACCACACCAUGACUGCCUCCUAGUAUAUAUCAGCAAAUCAGCCACAAAUCAGCACACACACACACACAUUACAUGCAGCAAUCACAGACCACAUCAGUCAAUCGGAGCAUUAUAUUUCAUAUCCCCAUGGAGACUUUGCAUUGUGUGUGUGUGUGGGAGUGUUUGAGUUCAUGUGUGUGUGUAUGUAUGUGCGUGUGUGUGUGUUUCUGUGUGUGUGUGUGUGUGUGUGUGUUUUAACCUUUACGUUUCCUCUAACCUUUAAUUACACCACAGCUGAUCUAGUUUAUUUCUUGGUGUGUUAGUCAAGUCAAGGUCACAGUAAUAGGCUGGCUCUCUUAAUGCUGCAGAGCCACUGAAUCAAAUCAUAAAAAAUACCUUAAUUAUCACUUAAUUAUUAACUAUCCAGCUCCAGCCUAGCGUGUGCUUGCGUGCGUGCGUGCAUGUGUGUGUCUGUGAAAGGGAGGCAGCCAGUGACUUGGAGAGGUGAGAUUAACUCUGCCUAUGGAGUGUGAAAAGAGAGGGAGGAGGGACGGCGGAGGGACGGAGGGACAAAGAAUGAAGAAGUGAAAUGGACAGAAUCAGAGGAAUAGAAAGAGAAGUACACACAGACACACAUUCCCCUGUUGUAGAGACAGGCUGUCAGAGCACAGGGAGAUGCUUAUCUUAAUGGAGUGUCCUUGGUAAAUGAUUGAUUAGUUAGUCAAACAAACAGAAACAGGCUGUGGCUAGUCAGUAGUAACAAUAUCAGUCAGGAGUCCAAUGUGGCUCCCUAUUGUCGGCCCCUUCCCUCAUCUUCUCUGAUCUGAAAACACAGGCUGGUUGAAACCAUAUGACUUUACUUUUUACCUUUACUAGGCUAGUUGUUAACGUCAGACUAUAAAGAUCAACAAGAUUUCAUAGUUUCCCUUCGAAAUUUGACGUAUUAAUUAUGAACGUUUAUUUAAUUCUGCGUGGUUACAGGGUUAAUUCCGUGUGGUUACAGGAUUAAAACAGAAACAACUUGAAUGUUAACAGUUUAGGCAUUAACUCUGAGUGGUUAAGGUUAUAAUUAAAAACGAUGCGCUAUAACCAUCAAUUAUUGCUAGAGCAUUCUGAACUGUGGUGGCGCAGUUGUCUGACCAGCGCGCUCCGAGCAUCACGAGUUCGCACCCAGUGCUGGGCAAUGUUUUUUAUUUUUAUUUUAGAGCCGAGGAAGGAAUAUAUCGUUCUCAGGACCUUUUCAAAUGACCGAAAUCGAAGUAUAUUUAUAGCAAUCAGGCUGAUACACCUUGAUUCUCCUUCAAAAUGGCCACGUCAGAACACGUCCCUCCUCCCCCAACCCGAUAAGUAAGCAGCCCAUAAAUAACAGUGUAUCACAUCUGUCUCUGGUGCUAUGGUGACGCCUUUUACAUGCCAGCAACUGUAGGGCACCAAGAUUUACGGGGCGCUUCAAACCUACACCCCCAUUGGUCCUGUACACACACCCACGCCCACCUCUGUCCAGGUGUUUCAGGUGAACAUUAAAUAACUAUUUUUAAAGGAAGAAAGUAAAAGAAAAAUAGCUAUGUGCAUCUCUCCAUGGCUUCAGCAGCACAUCUUCCCUAGAGGGACAGAACACUCCUGUUGGGUCAUGUUAGCACAUCUCUAUAACUCUUUCACCCUUUUACCACGUGAGAAUCAACAUUUAUCUAGAAAGAUGUGUGUGUGUAUUUGAUCAUGCUAGCUGGUUUAUCUACCUCUUCUCCCCCGUGAUAAUGCACCUCCAGCUGGUUCCCUAGCCUCCCUGCACAUAUUAUACACCUAUACACAUUACAAUAACAUGUUGUCUACCUGCUUUAGUUGCUGUGGAAACUGAUUAUACAUCACACACACAAACACACACACACACACACACAUGCCUCCUCAGUCUUACUGCUCUCUCUCUGCUUUGUGUUAUUGCAGCUAGGCCUGGGGUUUGCUGUCACAGGAGGCUUUUGAUCAAUGUGUCUCCCCUUUUCCCUCCCUCCCUCCCUCCCUCCCUCCCUCCCCUCCCUCCCUCCCUCCCUGCCUCCCUCCCUGCCUCCCUCUAUCUUCAGCUACAGGAGUACUAUAAGAAGCAACAAGAGCAGCUGCAUCUUCAGCUUCUGACUCAGCAACAGCAGCAGGCUGGGAAGCAGGCAGCCAAAGAGGUGAGACCCCUACUGAGUGGUGUUAUCAAGUGCACUCACAAGCACACUCGUACAUAGUUGAAGUGGCCAACACGUGAGUUAGGGGAUUGGGGAGUAGGGCUUAAGGAGGUGAGGCGCUGUGACUUAAAGAGCGAUUGCACAAGGGGCAGUGAUCACCUCUUCUACUCAUCCUCCUCUCAUUCUCUCCUUUCCUCAUCCUGUCCUCUUAUUGUAUUUCUGUUUUGUGUACUCUGCGUUUCCAAACAGGGAUUAUGGUAGUGAUGGAAUAUGGCUUUACAUUUUUCUCUGCUAAUACACCAUGCCAAACCCUACUCACAGAGAGUUCUGUCUUAAUGCAGGAUAAGUAUUUAUUUACAUGGCGUUAAGCCUGUGUGUGUGUGUGUGUGUGUGUGUGUGUGUGUGUGUGUGUGUGUGUGUGUGUGUGUGUGUGUGUGUGUGUGUGUGUGAAGCCUGAGGUAGAAUCCUGUUGUAGCCUCAAUAUAGGAGGGGCCUGACACUUUUAAUUGUCAAUUAACCCCCGCAAGCGGUGAGAACGGUGCCAACACACACCUCCGCCAGGUUUAACCACACUAACAGGGAUCAUGGGGGAUUAAGUAGGAUCACAACACGUAACAACAAAGAGUAUCCACAUCGAUCCCACCAGAUUACUGUCAUAGAGGUUAUAUUGGGGGGGGGGGGGGGGGGGGGGGGGGGGGGGGGGGGUUCAAUUCAGGGUUGUGAGCAAUGUUCCCUCUAAACUGCAUGCGGGCGCGCAGCUUCCCCGGGACUGCAGCGCACAAGAAAUAUCAAAUCAAAUCAAAUGUUAUUUGUCAUAUGAGCCGAAUACAACAGGUGUAGACCUUACAGUGAAAUGCUUACUUAUAAACCCUUAACCAACAAUGCAAUUUUAAGAAAGAAUACCAAAAAUAAAAUACCAAAAAAUACAUUAAAUAAAAAAAUUAUAAAAAAUAAAAGUAACAAAUAAUUAAAGAGCAGCAGUAAAAUAACAAUAGCGAGGCUAUAUACAGGGGGUACCUGUACCGAGUCAACGUGCGGAGGAACCGGUUAGUUGAGGUAAUUGAGGUAAUAGGUACAUUUAGGUAGAGUUAUUAAAGUGACUAUGCAUAGAUAAUAAACAGAGAGUAGCAGCAGCGUAAAAGAGGGGGGGGGGGGGGGCAAUGCAAAUAGUCUGGGCAGCCAUUUGAUUAGAUGUUCAGGAGUCUUAUGGCUUGGGGGUAGAAGCUGUUUAGAAGCCUCUUGGACCUAGACUUGGCGCUCCGGUACCGGUUGCUGUGCGGUAGCAGAGAGAACAGUCUAUGACUAGGGUGGCUGGAGUCUUUGACAAUUUUUAGGGCCUUCCUCUGACACCGCCUGGUAUAUAGGUCCUGGAUGGCUCUCCAAGGAUGUCAGGGACAAGAUUGUAGACCUACACAAGGCUGGAAUGGGCUACAAAACCAUCGCCAAGCAGCUUGGUGAGAAGGUGACAACAGUUGGUGCGAUUAUUCGCAAAUGGAAGAAACACAAAAUAACUGUCAAUCUCCCUCGGCCUGGGGCUCCAUGCAAGAUCUCACCUCGUGGAGUUGCAAUGAUCAUGAAAACGGUGAGGAAUCAGCCCAGAACUACACGGGAGGAUCUUGUCAAUGAUCUCAAGGCAGCUGGGACCAUAGUCACCAAGAAAACAAUUGGUAACACACUACGCCGUGAAGGACUGAAAUCCUGCAGCGUCCGCAAGGUCCCCUGCUCAAGAAAGCACAUAUACAGGGCCGUCUGAAGUUUGCCAAUGAACAUCUGAAUGAUUCAGAGGAGAACUGGGUGAAAGUGUUGUGGUCAGAUGAGACCAAAAUGGAGCUCUUUGGCAUCAACUCAACUCGCCGUGUUUGGAGGAGGAGGAAUGCUGCCUAUGUCCCCAAGAACACAAUCCCCACCGUCACACAUGGAGGUGGAAACAUUAUGCUUUGGGGGUGUUUUUCUGCUAAGGGGACAGGACAACUUCACUGCAUCAAAGGGACGAUGGACGGGGCCAUGUACCGUCAAAUCUUGGGUGAGAACCUCCUUCCCUCAGCCAGGGCAUUGAAAAUGGGUCGUGGAUGGAUAUUCCAGCAUGACAAUGACCCAAAACACACGGCCAAGGCAACAAAGGAGUGGCUCAAGAAGUAGCACAUUAAGGUCCUGGAGUGGCCUAGCAAGUCUCCAGACCUUAAUCCCAUAGACAAUCUGUGGAGGGAGCUGAAGGUUCGAGUUGCCAAACGUCAGCCUCAAAACCUUAAUGACUUGGAGAAGAUCUGCAAAGAGGAGUGGGACAAAAUCCCUCCUGAGAUGUGUGCAAACCUGGUGGCCAACUACAAGAAACGUCUGACCUCUGUGAUUGCCAACAAGGGUUUUGCCACCAAGUACUAAGUCAUGUUUUGCAGAGGGGUCAAAUACUUAUUUCCCUCAUUAAAAUGCAAAUCAAUUUAUAACAUUUUUGACAUGCGUUUCUCUGGAUUUUUUUGUUGUUAUUCUGUCUCUCACUGUUCAAAUAAACCUACCAUUAAAAUGAUAGACUGAUCAUGUCUUUGUCAGUGGGCAAACGUACAAAAUCAGCAGGGGAUCAAAUACUUUUUUCCCUCACUGUAGGUGUUCCUUUUGUCCAGGUGUGAAAGGGCAGUGUGGAGCGCAAUAAAGAUUGCAUCAUCUGUGGAUCUGUUGGGGCGGUAUGCAAAUUGGAGUGGGUCAAGGGUUUCUGGGAUAAUGGUGUUGAUGUGAGCCAUGACCAGUCUUUCAAAGCACUUCAUGGCUACAGACGUGAGUGCUACAGGUCUGUAGUCAUUUAGGCAGGAUUGUGCAAAGCUGUCAUCAAGGCAAACGGUGGCUACUUUGAAGAAUCUCAAAUAUAAAAUAGAUUUAGAUUUGUUUAACACUUCUUUGGUUACUACAUGAUUCCAUAUGUGUUAUUUCAUAGUUUUGAUGUCUUCCCUAUUAUUUUACAAUGUAGAAAAUAGUAAAAAUUAAGAAAAAGCCUGGAAUGAGUAGGUGUGUCCAAACUUUUGACUGGUACUGUAGAUCAUUUGUAGUCAGCAAUGGGAGAGAUUGCUUCCUACAAGAGCUCAAAACGUGUAAAUUUCUAGGAAUCUUUGAAAAUCGAGUUAGGUAAAGAGCUUGUUUUUGUCUUAAAUGGGCAGUGUUGUAUUUUGAGACAGGCUUGAAUAAGCUAAGUAGCCAAUAGGCAGAGGGUAGCAUAAUUUGUCUGAUUCUCUGUAAUAAUGGUAUGGGUAUAAUAAUGCGUUUUAUUUUUUAAAGUGGUUUCUUGCAUCAAACAGCACAACAACAUUUACAGGUUCAUGUCAAGCCCUGCAUGUUUUUUUCAAAAGUCUCAUGGAAUAUAGGACUACAUUGAACACCACACAUUGGCUGCUACUGUAGGCUGAAUGAUGGAACAGCUAUUUCCAUGAUAAAAUGUUAUGGGAUGCAUUUUCUCCAUUGUUUCUGAUGGUAGGCAACUCUGGUAGGCCUACAUUAUGAUCAAAUAGCCACAGUAGUCUGCUUGACCACUGUCUGAAACUGUAACUUAAAGCGGGUACAGCCUCAGUUUUCAUAGUAAAAAAACUUUGAGGGAACAUUGGUUGUGAGUUGAUAACAAUAAUAUAGGGAUUUUAUCACAAACACACACACUCCCCAUCUAACCUGACAUUUUCAGAGAGUAGAGAGAGAGAGAGAGGAGCGAAAGAGAGAGGAGCGAGAGAGAGAGAGGGAGAGAGAGAGAGGGAGAGAGAGAGGAGCGAGAGAGAGGGAGAGAGAGAGAGGGAGAGAGAGAGGAGCGAGAGAGAAGGAGACAAGAGCAGGUAGGAAACAGAGACUUCUAGAGAGCUCAUGGACUCCAGGGACCAUUGUGGGAAUUGCAUGAGGAGGUUCGCUCUAGAUCAUCCCUCCUUUCUCCCUCCUGCCAUCCUUUCCUCCUCUCUCAUCCCUGAUCCCCCUCUCCCUGUGGACCCUCUCCCCCCUUGCCUACAGCGGUCAGCCAACUCAACCGUGACCAAAGCAAACCAGUUGUGGUUGACUUGCAUGUAGAGACUGUGUCUGAUGCUGUUUCUUUCUUUCUUUUUUCUUUCUUCUCCUGUCUGAUCCUCCGGUUUUGUUUUCCUGUAACAACCAGACAAGUGCAAACACUGGUCACAAACACACAUCCACACCACACACACUCACUCACACACACACCGCAGUUGAUGUGUGAUGGUUCACCACACCCACUGUUGUGGACAUACAUCCUCUCCUGUGUACAGCUAAAGCUAAGCCUGCUCUACAGUCUAACUCAAUGCCUUAUGGUCAUCAAUAGUGCCUCCAGGACGCAAUACUGCUUCUUUUCUUCUCUAGCUGGUGGUUAAUUGAAUGGUUAAUGACAUUGAUUGGCCAGAGUCUCCACUCACCUGGUGUCCCAGGUCUGAGAGGAAGAAGGAAACGCAGCAGGGCUGUGGACCUCCAGGCCCGGAGGUGCUCACCCUACUGGUUAGAAUGGGUAUGGCAGGUAGGUUACAUAGGCCUACGUAGGUCACCUACUUAUCAAGUGCCCAGGAAAUAGGGUUUAGGGCACAUGGGUCAAACUCAUUCCACGGAGGGCCGUGUGUCUGCGGGUUUUCGCUCCACCCUUGUAGUUGAUUGAUGAAUUAAGGUCACUAAUUAGUAAGGAACUCCCCUCACCUGGUUGUCUAGGUCUUAAUUAAAAGGAAAAAACAAAAGCCCGCAGACACUUAGGGGAAGGGCCUAGGGCAGUGGUAUUCAAACUUUUUCAGCUGGGACCCCAGUUUUACCGCCAGAAUUUCUCACGACUCCACCCCACCCCAAAUGUAAGGACACAACAUUAAAAUCAGUACAUUUCAAUUUUUACAUCAACAAAUAACCUUUUAAUCUCUUAUCAAAAUAAAAAGAAACCACUAAGUACAUCAAUACAAUUGUUGCAUAUUGUCCCAUACAACAAUCUGUACUCUUAUUUUUUAAAUGUUGGUGACCCCCACUGCAGCUGGGGUCGCAAACCUGACUUUGAAUACCACUGGCCUAGGGGAUAGGGGAAGUGCCUAGGGGAUAGGGGCUAGGGGGAGUACUACAGUACACAGAGGAGUACUUAAUUAGUCCUUUAUUAUAUUUAUUCUGAUUAAUAGUUCUAAUAAUAAUGGACAAAUCUAAUGGAUGGAUGAAAAGAUGUGAUUAAAUGAGUAGCUCAGUUAGUAGAGCAUGGCGUUUGCAAUGCCAGGGUUGUGGGUUCGAUUCCCACGGGGGGCCAGUAUGAAAAAAUAAAUAAAAAUGUAUGCACUCACUAACUGUAAGUCGCUCUGGAUAAGAGCGUCUGCUAAAUGACUAAAAUAUAAAAAAUGUAAAAGCUCUCAGUGUUCUCUGCUGGUCACUCACCAGAUGGAGAGAGAGAGAGAGAGAGUAGAAAAAAAGGAAAAUCUCCCCUGUGCCUUUUUGAGCAUUUGUGCAUCGAUGACUGUGACCUUUUGACCCCUUCUCUAUUUUUUGAUUGUUCCACUCGCUCUUUUCUGUGUAGAAGUGAUGCUGAGAGAGUGUGUGUGUGCGCGUGUUUGUGAGUGGUGCAUUGGGGCUGGUCAGAAGUCAGCUUGAUGAAGUGACUCUGUCUGUCACACCAGACGUUUGGGACCGGCUGUGUGUGUGUGUGUGUGUGUGUGUGUGUGUGUGUGUGUGUGUGUGUGUGUGUGUGUGUGACUGGCAGGCUCAGACAGUGUGUGAUGUGCUCAUAAAUCACAUUGACAGCCUGUUACUGCGCUAGCUUUGGCCACUCAGCCGCGGCUAAUGUAAACAGAACACACACACAAUGUGUUAAAGAACCACUACCAUGUCUCUGGAGAGAGAGGGUGAUAUUCUGGAGAGAGAGGGUGAGAUAGAGGGAGGGAGGGAGGGAGGGAGGGGGUAGAGGAGGGACAUGAAACGGACAGACAGGACCAGGAAGGAGGAGAGAUGGACCAAGAGAGAGGAAAGUGUUGAACAGUGCUAGAGAGCUUCAAACAGCUCUUAGGUGUUUUUCCUGAUCCUGACCAAAUGACUGAAACAGGGAAAACUAUGGGCCCUAAUUACAUGGUCAAUAAAAUAUUAUGUACCUAGCUGUAGAAACUAAAGUAUAUUUUGCUUGGUACAAGUCUACGAGAAGGUUAUUGAGUGUGUAGUUGUGACAGACGUCAAGAGAACGAACGGUGUAACUGGCAGGUCACAUUUAUUUUUCUUCUCUUCUCUCUCUGGAAAAAAAUGCCUGUAGUGCUGACAUAGUGACCCUCUGCCUGCCUCCCUAAACACACACACACACCCUACCUCCCCGGAUGCCCAGUCUGACAGGAAGACCUUGUGGCCUUCCUGUGAGUUCCUCCUGUCUGUUCAAAGACUCGCUGGCCAACACUCGCUCUCCAAUAGAAAAACAUAUAUUUAGUAUUUUUUCCACCCCUCCUCUCUCUCUCUGCCUCCCUCUGUCUUUCCUCUCCCUCUGUUAUCUGGGGAAGAUAAGGGCCAUCUCUCUGGGGGGAUAUCAAACAGCGUAACACAGGCUAGGACCGGUACCGACAGGGAAACCAGAAAGGGGGACAUUCAUCACUGCGACACACACUGACGUUAUCGCCAUACGCCAUGUAGUCUGUACCACUCACCCUUUCACCACAUCCCUCCAUCCCUUCCCUCCCUGCCUCCAUCUCUCUCUUUCCUCAAGAGUCGCCAUACAACAGUAUCCUCCCCCUUGGAUGAUUAGAGUUUUGGGGUCACAUAGUUUUGCUUUCCAACACUGCUAGUAUGUGUGGAGACUUGUAGACUCCAUUUUAAGUUGUACCUGAGAUGCAUUGAUGGAAUGGGCCACCCAACCUUAAUACAAAUAUUCUCCAAUGGAGUGGGUUGGAAAGGUUGGGAGAUUAACAAGUACUAACUCUCUCUGCCACUCUUCUCUCCACAGCAGCAGAUAGGUAACAAGCAGUUGGCUUUCCAGCAGCAGCUCAUUCAGAUGCAGCAGCUUCAGCAGCAGCACAUCAUCAACCUGCAGAGACAAGGCCUGGUCUCCCUACAGCCCACUAACCCCAUGCAGAGCCUGCAGCAAGGUACACACACACACACACACAAAUCCCAUUGCUUCCUUACCCAACAAACCCUCCCCCCUCCUCCAUACCUCCGUACUAGACAUAGCUCAGAGGCCUGGUUGCACCCCAACAUAGAUUGCCAGUGUUUUAGUGCUAAUAAUGACAGUACUAAAGAGCUACCAUUGCCCUCAGUCCAGCCAUCAUCUCAAGCUGUGUGCAGGCACACUCACACAUAUGUACAAACACACACAGACACACAAGUACACACACAUAAGUGCAUACACAUACGCACACACACAAACACACACAGCCGUAGUACCCACGGCCACAUGUGAAGCCUGUUAACUAAAUCAGCUCAUAAAAGAUAAAAUGCAAACCUGAUUGGUGGGUUUGAGGAAGGCAGUCAUUUGGAUAAUAGGUCAAAUAUGCCACCAAAUUCAGGGCUUGGAGGGUGGAAGGGAGUGUGCAUGCGUGUGUGUUUGUGUUAAUGCUUGAGAUGAGCCAGAUACAAUGAGGGCACUACAUUGUUGUUUUGUCUCUCCCUCGUGGUUGUGUCAGUCUGUUUGUGCAUGUGUGUUUGUCUUGGCUCUCCCUCCAUCCUCUUUUGUCACAGAGGUUUUACAGAUAUGAAUGUUGACUGCUGACCGCCCCGCCCCAGUGUCUGUGUGUGUAUGUGGGGCCCUCCAUAACCAACCCCAGCUUUACGGGUGUACACAUGCAUUCACAUUCACACUCACACACACACAGAGCUUAGGAGUUCCAAAGUGGCCGUAACAUUACUAAAGCCCUGACUGGGAAGAACAAACACAGACCAGGAUAGAGUUUCCUCCCCCAUCCUCCCUCCCUCCCUCUCUCUCCCUGUCUUCCUUUUUUUCUUCACUCUCUCUCUCUUUCUCUCCAUCUCUCUCUCUCCAUCGCAGCAUACUAGCAACCCCCACCCCUCAGUACUGCAGGCCUAUACUUUUUACUCUAGCCUUCACCUCUAAAAGAACUGCACACUGAAUGAGUGUGAUAGACAGACUGUAGACGUUUUUAGAGUGGAAGAGUGGAAUUUAUCGGACAGCUUUAAACCUUUGCUUUUGGCCCCUCCUCUUUUUCUUUUUCUUUCUCUUUUUCCUUCUUUUUCUCUCUCUUUCCUUUUCACUUUCCUUUUAUCUCUGUCUUUCUCUCUAUCUCUCUCUCUCUUUCCUCUUCCUCUCGCUGUCUCUCUCUCCAUCUUUCGUUCUCUCUCUCCUCUUCCUCUCUCUCCAUUUUUCUUUCUCUCUCUCCUCUUCCUCUCUCGCCAUCUUUCUUUCUCUCCCUCCUUUUCUCUCUUACUCCCUCUCUCCCUCUCGUUAGAGUGGAAUUUCCCUGCAGUGUGAAAGAGCCUGUCCAUUGUGACGGCUCAGCCAGGCGUGAGCAAGAGCAUUCCUCUGGCCAGCCAUGCCUCACACACACACACCCUGGUAGCCCUGCCCCUCCGAGCCCCGCUACCCGUGGAGUGUGUGUGUGUGCGCUCCGCUGCCCCGCCUCAAAGUGUCCCUCCAUCCAUCCGGUGUGUGUGCAAGCAUGUGUGUGUGUGGUGGGUACAUUUUGUAUAUUGAGUUUAUAGAUUAUAUAUACUUAAUAUUAGUUUUACCAUUAGUAGCUUAUAGUUGAGAAACAUUACAUGAAACGUUCCUUUACAAAAACAAAUAUGUGUUGUUGAUUGGGGCAACUGCAUUUCUGCGGUAAUCUAAUUUGACUCAGGCAUAAUGUUAGAUAUGUAGACACACACACUCGCAGUUGCCAAUAAAGAUAGUUGACAGUUUAAAUCUAUUCACACACACGUACAUCCAUACACACACACACACACAGAGUCCCAUUCCUCCAGAGUGAGGGGUUUUGUUUUGGCGGGCCCGAGAGAAGAAUGCAGACAUAAUAUUUGGAUUUCUGUUAGGACUCUGCCGUGUGUGUGUGUGUGUGUGUGUGUGUGUGUGUGUGUGUGUGUGUGUGUGUAUGUGUAUGUGUGUGCUAUAUCUGCCAUGUAUGAGAGAGGACUAAAGGCUGUGGCUCAGGAACAGCUUGGGCCAGAUGCAGAGAGGGUAUGGUGGUCUGGUGUGUGUUGGGGGGGCUGUUGGGUGGAGCUUUCUCUCUUAAAGUGAAAUAUGAGCAGAAAAAGCUACAACAAGCCCCUAAACUGAGCCUCAGACACACACCCACACACUCACACACAGCAUAGCGCUCACAGUGACAAAAGAAGCGUUGGUAGCAUCGGACUGCAGUAAUUACUAACGGGAGGUUGGGGAAUAGAGGAGAUGUAGAAAGAUAACAAAAACAUACAGGAAUUAGUCUUUAGUUUCUUCCAGUUCCUACCCCAUCAUUUCCCUCAUACUUAACCACUCCCAGGGGGCUCGUCCCAGUGUGUGUCUAUGUAUGUGUGAGUGCAUGCGUGAGUCUCUCGGUGUGUGAGUGCAUGUAUGCAUAUGUGUGUGUGGAUAGCCUGCAUGUGUCUCAGGGUAGGGGGUUAUUUUUGUGACUAAUAUCUAAUAACUCUAUGUCCACCACCCCCCCCCCCCCCCCCCCCCCCCUUCCCUCCUCCACCCCACCCCCCUCCUCCCCCCUGCAGCCAUGUGUCCAGGGGACCUGCAGCAGCUGUGGAAGGAGGUGUCGGGGGUGCAGUCUGCAGAGGAGGCCCUGAAGCAGCAGCAGACUGGAGAGGGCCUGGAUCUCAGCACCAACUCUACCUCAUCCUCCUUCCCCAAAGCAAACACACACAGCACCCUGCACAGCCUGCACAACGGACAAGACAACCACACCCCAAAGAGAGACAGGUACAGAGACAGGUACAGUUGGGUCCAUUACAAAAGUCUCCCUGCGCUACAGCGCAGAUAUAAAUAAUGUAAUGCUAUGUGGAAAUACCUCAGGGGAAUAUUUCAUACAGAGGUUCAAUAAGUUAUUGUUAGAUGAUUGCAAACAAACGUGGCUCAUGCGCACACACACACACACACGCACACACACACACACACACACACACACACACACACAGAAGAUCACACACAGCUCCGAUAGAGCUAGAGAGAGUGUGAUGUAGACAGAUAGUGAUACAGUGUGACUGAUGUGUACUCCAUGUGUCCUGUAGAUGAACUGUGCUGUAACUAAUUCACACAUAGUUACUAUGUCUUUGGACUGCCUCUCCUUGGUUUAGGGAGAAGUUCACUCUGACAAAGAUACUCUUUGUAUUACCAUGCUGUGUUUAUGUGUGUGUAGGGUGUUUGUGUAUUUGUGUAAAGUGUUGUGUAAUAAGAUGGUGUGUGUAUUUGUGUGUGUGUAGUGUAGUGUGUGUGUGUGUGUAGUUGUGUGUAGGGUGUGUGUGUAUUUCCGUGAAGUACUGUGCAAUAGGCUGGUGUGUGUAAUACGGCCCUCAGUUCAUUUGUUACAGUUGAAGUCGGAAGUGUACAUACACUUAGGUUGUUUUUCAACCACUCCACUAAUUUCUUGUUAACAAACUAUCGUUUUGGCAAGUCGGUUAGGACAUCUACUUUGUGCAUGACACAAGUAAUUUUUCCAACAAUUGUUUUCAGACAGAUUAUUUAACUUAUAAUUUACUGUAUCACAAUUCCAGUGGGUCAGAAGUUUACAUACACUAAAUUGACUGUGCCUUUAAACAGCUUGGAUAAUUCCAGAAAAUUAUGUCAUGGCUUUAGAAGCUUCUGAUAGGCUAAUUGACAUCAUUUGAGUCAAUUGGAGGUGUCCAUGUGGAUGUAUUUCAAGGCCUACCUUCAAACUCAGUGCCUCUUUGCUUGACAUCAUGGGAAAAUCAAAAGAAAUCAGCCAAGACCUCAGAAAAAUAAUUGUAGACCUCCACAAGUCUGGUUCAUCCUUGGGAGCAAUUUCCAAACGCCUGAAGGUACCACGUUCAUCUGUACAAACAAUAGUACGCAAGUAGAAACACCAUGGGACCAUGCAGCCAUCAUACUGCUCAGGAAGAAUCUCCUAGAGAUUAACGUACUUUGGUGUGAAAAGUGCAAAUCAAUCCCAGAACAACAGCAAAAUACCUUGUGAAGAUGCUGGAGGAAACAGGUACAAAAGUAUCUAUAUCCACAGUAAAACGAGUCCUAUAUCGACAUAACCUGAAAGGCCGCUCAGCAAGGAAGAACCCAGAUCGUACUUUUUGGAGAAAUGUCCUCUGGUCUGAUGAAACAAAAAUAGAACUGUUUGGCCAUUAUGACCAUUGUUAUGUUUGGAGGAAAAAGGGGGGAGGGCUUGCAAAACAAAGAACACCAUCCCAACCGUGAAGCACGGGGGUGGCAGCAUCAUGCUGUGGGGGUGCUUUGCUGCAGGAGGGACUGGUGCACUUCACAAAAUAGAUGGCAUCAUGAGGAAGGAAGAUUAUGUGCAUAUAUUGAAGCAACAUCUCAAGACAUCAGUCAGGAAGUUAAAGCUUGGUCGCAAAUGGGUCUUCCAAAUGGACAAUGACCCCAAGCAUACUUCCAAAGUUGUAGCAAAAUGGCUUAAGGACAACAAAGUCAAGGUAUUGGAGUGGCCAUCACAAAGCCCUGACCUCAAUCCUAUAAAAAAUGUGUAGGCAGAACUGAAAAAGCGUGUGCGAGCAAGGAGGCCUGCAAACCUGACUCAGUUACAUCAGCUCUGUCAGGAGGAAUGGGCCAAAAUUCACCCAAAUUAUUGUGGGAAGCUUGUGGAAGGCUACCCGAAAUGUUUGACCCAAGUUAAACAAUUGAAAGGCAAUUCUACCAAAUACUAAUUGAGUGUAUGUAAACUUCUGACCCACUGGGAAUGUGAUGAAAUAAAUAAAAGCUUAAAUAAAUAAUUAUAAUUAUUCUGACAUUUCACAUUCUUAAAAUAAAGUGAUCAUCCUAACUGACCUAAGACAGGGAAUUUUUACUAGGAUUAAAUGUCAGGAAUUGUGAAAAACUGAGUUUAUAUGUAUUUGGCUAAGGUGUAUGUAAACUUCUGACUUCAACUGUAUGUGGUGUUUGCGUGUGUUAUCUGGAGUGGAGCACAGCUUAUUACUCUACUGCUGCCCAGGUGCCAGUUUGGCAUGAGUGUGUCUGGCUGAACAUUAUGAGAUGGAGGGAGGAGGGGGGAGGAGUACAUGUGACUGAGAAAUGUUUUGUGCGAAUGUGAACACAAAGUAGAAAACGUGUUGUGUGUGUCAUGCUGUUAUUUGUGUGUGUUUGUUAGGUGCCUGUGUGUUCAGAGAUGUGUUUUUAAGGUUGUGUGUAUUGAGGGUGUUAGGGGUGCAUCUGUAUUCACCUGUGGGAUGUUUCUAUUCCAUCUUUAAGAGCAAGACUCUUUGAAUGGAUCUCCUCCUUCAGCAAGGCAGACCUCGGAGAUGAACACCUCACGCCUUACUCCAAAGGCGGCCCACUAUCCAGUAGCCAGUGAGUAACACACACACACACACACACACAGACCUGACAUACCCAGAAUGAGGACAUGCUCCCUCUGUGUGGGGGAAGUAUAAGAGAGCUAGCUUAGCGCUAAUCUCCUGUGCUAUUUGGCUGGCCCAUGCUAAUACUACGCUACCAUGCUAACAUGGAUGCAGAGGAGAUUGAAGGGAGGAGAAAGGAGGGGGCUAGCAUGCUACAGCUAAUGCAUGGCUGAUGUGAACGGGUGUGUGGUUUUCCAGUAGUUUGUAAUGUCUGCAGUCUGAGCAGCUUCUGAACUGAGAGUAGUCAACCACAGCCAACACACGCACACAGGCACACACACACACACAUACACACAGCACAACCACUGCCAAUUUAUCUGACCAGGGAGAGGGGAAAAGGGGAAGAGAGGAGGAGAAAAGAUGGGAAGGAGAGGAGGGGAAGAGUGUGCUCGUCUUUGGGAUGGUCCCAUCUGUGAGAGGGAUGGUUUGUGUUAGACAACACUGUGAUGAGGAUCUGGGAGAAGCCUCAACCAACUCCACGCACGCACACACGCACGCACGCACACACAAACACACACACAUACGCACAUUGCUGUUUCAGCCCGUACGUCUCUGGAUGGCAGUAGAUUUAAUGUAAAUAAACUGUGAGCUCUCUGUAGUAGUGUCUCAGACACGAGGCCAGGCUGGGCCAAACCACAUCUGGAGCACAAUCUGAACCACGCACACUAGCCUGGACCCGGUCCAAACCAGAAUCAGCAUCUCCGAGCCACACACACACACACACACAGACAGACCUGUCUCACCAAAACAGAGCCUGCAGCCACAUCUCAGAUCAACCUCCAUAUGAGGGAUGAGACCACCGCCACUAUGCACCAAUCAGACAGGGCAUCUGGGUCUCUGCCCGCCCACACUGACUGAAGGGAGGGAGGGAGGGACUGGUGCUGUGUGAGGAUGAACAUUUAGAACAGAGGAACACACACACCAUUCUGCUCUUAGCUUCAUGUUAACUACGCACUUAUGAUACUAAAGGAACUAUGGCCUUACUGUGUAACAAUGGAUGUUUGCUCUGUGUGUGUGCUUUUGGUGCUCAGAGGCAUGGUUUGGUGGUAUUGAUGUGUGAGUGUCUGCUUGCUUUAUUUCAGCUGUCCUUGCCUAUAUAGUGUGUGAUGUCUGUACAUUUGUAAUGUCAGAUUUAGACCAUUCUAACCUGCUAUUGCUCCCCCCCCCCCUCUCCCAGCCAUGAGGAGCAUGCAGGUUCCCAUCCUCUCUAUGGCCAUGGAGAGUGUAAAUGGCCUGGCUGCGAGGCGCUAUGUGAUGACAUGGGACAGUUCAUCAAGUGAGUAACACCCUGAAGCUGCAUUCCCAAACUACUCUCCUCCACACAACCACUGUGUUAGUCAGUUCAUGCUACAAAUAAUGGAAGUGGCCCAAGAGAUUGGCACAUUCACUCUUUCUAGCAUGACUUUCUAAUGACUAGUGUAGGACUCGUUCUACCAACAAACUAGCUGGCGCUGAGUGUAAGUCAGUGUAGCGUUCUACAGCCUUCAUUUAACCCCCUAGAGUUGAUUGACGCACCGGUGCAUCAAUCUAAGUUACAUAACAAAACAAUUCCCAUCAAAAUCUGUCAGUUUAAGCUAGAGAUAUCCGUUUUUUUGCAUUGGAUGUGUCUCAAUCCACCGCAACCGCCUAUGUCGCACUUCUGCAUCUGAGGUGAAAGGUGGCAGAGCUAGAGCGGUGUUUGUCAGACCAUGAGACAUCCCGGAAAUCGGUCUUCUCAAGAAAAUGUCUGUAGCGUCCGAACGGUUUGACCUAUAAACUAUUAUGACCCUUCUUUGGAAAGGGGAGACUCUCACGAACACGAUGGUGUUCUCCGUUUUGUGUCACGGGACAACUGUCACAGGACUUGUCUGAAGGUAAUCGGUACCAGUAAAAAAAAAGAAAAAAUGGAAGUAUGAAGGUCGUUGUGUGCCUACCCCAACAAAGGGGUUAAAUAUGUGCAUAAAUAUAAACAUAAAUAUUUUCUGAUUUUUAUAAAAAAUCUCCUAGUAUUUAGGACAGACACUUCAAAACCUUGUUUCUAAUUAUUUAUUUAGUUUGUCCUUUUUGCCAUUUAUGAAUGUGUUAUUCAAUGGGUUUCUAUGUACUUUAGUAGUAAAGGCCAAAAUCAAUAUUUAUCAAAUAAUUUGUUUAUAUACAGUACCAGUCAAAAGUUUGGACACACCUACUCAUUCAAUGGUUUUCUUUAUUUUUACUAUUUUAUACAUUAUAGAAUAAUAGUGAAAACAUCAAAACUAUGAAAUAACACAUAUGGAAUCAUGUAGUAACCAAAAGAGUUCAACAAAUCAAAAUAGAUUUAGAUUUUAGAUUCUUCAAAGUAGCGACCCAUUGCCUUGAUGACAGCUUUGCACACUCUUGGCAUUCUCUCAACCAGCUUCACCUGGAAUGCUUUUCCAACAGUCUUGAAGGAGUUCCCACAUUUGCUGAGCACUUGUUGUCUGCUUUUCCUUCACUCUGCGGUCCAACUCAUCCCAAACCAUCUCAAUUGGGUUGAAGUCGGGUGAUUGUGGAAGCCAGGUUGUCUGAUGCAGCACUCCAUCACUCUCCUUCUUGGUCAAAUAGCCCUUACACAGCCUGGAGGUGUGUUGGGUCAUUGUCCUGUUGAAAAACAAAUGAUAGUCCCACUAAGCGCAAACCAUAUGGGAUGGCGUAUCACUGCAAAAUGCUGUGGUAGCCAUGCUGGUUAAGUAUGCCUUGAAUUCUAAAUAAAUCACUGACAGUGUCACCAGCAAAGCACUCCCACACCAUCACACCUCCUCCUCCAUGCUUCACGGUGGGGACCACACAUGCGGAGAUCAUGCGGAGAUCACAAAGACACAGCGGUUGGAACCAAAAAUCUCAAAUUUGGACUCAUCAGACCAAAGGACAGAUUUCCACCGGUCUAAUGUUCAUUGCUCGUGUUUCUUGGCCCAAGCAAGUCUCUUCUUCUUAUUGGUGUCCUUUAGUAGUGGUUUCUUUGCAGAAAUUCGACCAUGAAGGCCUGAUUCACGCAGUCUCCUCUGAACAGUUGAUGUUGAGUAGUGUCUGUGACUUGAACUCUGUGAAGCAUUUAUUUGGUCUGCAAUUUCUGAGGCUGGUAACUCUAAUGAAAGUAUCCUCUGCAGCAGAGGUAAUUCUGGGUCUUCCAUUCCUGUGGUGGUCCUCAUGAGUGCCAGUUUCACCAUAGCACUUGAUGGUUUUUGCAACUGCACUUGAAGAAACUAUCAAAGUUCUUGAAAUGUUCCGUAUUGAAUGACCUUCAUUUCUUAAAGUAAUGAUGCUUAUUUGAGCUGUCUUGCCAUAAUAUGGACUUGGUCUGUUACCAAAUAGGGCUAUCUUCUGUAUACCAACCCUACCUUGUCACAACACAACUGAUUGGCUCAAACGCAUUAAGAAGGAAAGAAAUUCCACAAAUUCACUUUUAACAAGGCACACCUGUUAAUUUAAAUGCAUUCCAGGUGACUACCUCAUGAAGCUGGUUGAGAGAAUGCCAAGAGUGUGCAAAGCUGUCAUCAAGGCAAAGGGUGGCUACUUUGAAGAAUCUCAAAUAUAAAAUAUAUUUUGAUUUGUUUAACACUUUUUUGGUUACUACAUGAUUCCAUAUGUGUUAUUUCAUAGUCUUGAUGUCUUCACUAUUAUUCUACAAUGUAGAAAAUAGUCAAAAGAAAGAAAAACCCUUGAAUGAGUAGGUGUGUCCAAACUUUUGACUGGUACUGUAUAUAUUUUGAUACCUAAAUGGGUCCUAAAAUUCUAAAUCAUAUAGCUAAAUGAUCCAUAGUAUGACCAUCUUAAAACAAUUCCAUAUGCCAGUUUAGCACCCCCCACUCCCCCAACAUCUUAGACUCUAAAGAAUUAAUCAUUGAUCAGUUGCUAUCGGUUACAUCAGGCUCCCUUGGAGGAGCAGAGCGAUUUGCUAUUGUGUGUCCAUCUACAUUAUUCAACAGCUCUGUCACUCUCUCUUUCUCUGUCAGCCUUCUGUCAUCCCUUAAUCCCUCCCCUCUGCCCCUCUAUCUCUGCUCUGCUGCAUGUUUCAUUGGCUGCUAAAUGUUUUAAGUGGUGUGUUGUGAGAGACACUUGUGAGACGGUGCUGAGAAGGUAUCAAAGAAUCUGAGGCUACACUUAACAAGAUAGUACAAGUCACUCAGUGUGUGUGUGUGUGUGUGUCCCUCCCGUCUCUAGCUGAUUAGUGUUGUGCUCCCAGAGUUCUCUGCUCUGAAGGGUCAAGCAAAUUGUUUCCACGCUUCGUUAGCGGUUUACUUAAUUAGCUAAUUUACAAUCACAGCUUUUUGUUUCCAUGGCGCUAGCAAAGACAUCAAACAGCAGCUCCCUCUCCAUCCAUCUCCCCUCUGCUUUCCUCCUCUCUCUUCUUUCUGCCUUUCUUUAUCCCUCUUUCUUGUCUGUUUGCCAGUUUGGAGUCUUUAGGGAUGGUGUGUGAAGCAGGAGGGGGGAAGGGGUAUAGCAGGGGAGAUCCGUGUGUGUGUGUGUGAGCUUGUGUGUGUGAGCUUGUGUGUACUAUUGGGAAUAAGGGGUAAUACAUCUAAGCCUGGUGUAAACAGUCAGCUGUCACUAUUUGUUAGAGUGAUGACACCACAGACAACAUGUCACAUGUACGAACACAGUCAUACACACAGGCACAUCCAUACACACUGUUUGAUCCACUGAGAUCCUGAUAUCUCUACUACUGUAAGCUUCAGGACAGUCCAACUGCCGCUACCACAUAACGAACACCUAACAAACCCAUUAUGAACCCUUUAACAGAGGCCUAACGAACCCUUAACCAAGGCCUAACCAAAACAAUGGUCCGUAAGGGAGAGUAACUGUCUUUCUAAUGAUCAACUCUGAGCUGAUAUCACCAGGGAUAGUGUGUAUUAACACGGCAUGGUACACACACACACAGAUAGACAGAGAGAGAAGUGUGUUGUGAGAUGAUGGCAGCGGACAGUCAGAUCAAAGCCAGAGGCAGGCUGGGAAAGUUUGGAGACGAAAGCUGUUGUUUGGUGUCUCAUUUCACACAGCCUCAGGGCAGAUGGAGGGAGAGAGGAACCAAAUGGUGACAGAUAAUGCGUGCCCCUCCAGCCUUCCUUAGUCAUCGCUCCGGGCAGAAAGAGAAGAGAAGAGACGAUAGGAGACACUCUCCUAUUUCCAGCUCUUUUCUUUAAUCUGAUCUGUGAUCUCUCUCUUUCUCUCCCCCUUUCCUCUCUUCCCAUCACCUCUUUUCUUCUUUUCUCCUCUCCUCUUCUAUCUAAUAUUUUUUGGGGGCAUAGUAGAGAUAUUCACUAAUUUCUCCUCCCCUCCCUCCCGUCUCUCUCGCUCUGUCAGUGCUGUCUGGUAUAGUACUCUGUUGGCUGUGGUUAGUGGGGCUGAGGGUAAUGUGUAAUGUGGGUUGAAUCUCUGUCUGAGAGGGCUGAGGAGUAAACAGAGACUCAUUGUCGGGACGCACGGAAAAAACCCUGCUACUGUUUAUGACUGAGCCACAGAGAGAGAGGAGGGAGAGGGAGAGGGUAGAGAGAGAAGAGAGAGGAGGGAGAGAGAGAAGAGAGUGAGUUAGAGUGGGAGAUUGGAAAGAGAAAAAGGAAAAAAUUGUGUUAGGUUACAGAGGGUGGGCGCGUGACGGAGCGCGUUCGGGGUGGGGUAGCGAGAGGUUCGGGCGUGGCGGGCCGCGGCGCGCGUUCGGGCGUUCGGCGGUGCAGCUGCCGCGUUUGGGCUGUGGCGGCGUCGCGCGCGCGUUCGGGCGUGGCGGCGCCGCGCGUCGGGCGUGGCGGCGCCGCGCGCGUUCGGGCGUGGCGGCGCGCGCGUUCGGGCGUGGCGGCGCCGAGCGCGUUGGGCGUGGCGGCGCCGCGCGCGUUCGGCUGUGGCGGCGCCCGCGCGUUCGGGCGUGCGGCGCCGCGCGCGUUCGGGCUGCGGCGCCGCGCGCGUUCGGGCGUGCGGCGCCGCGGUUCGGGCGUGGCGGCCGGCGCGCGUUCGGGCGUGGCGCGCACGCAUUGGGUGGGGCGCGGGGGCGUGGAGGCGCCUCGCGUGUUCGGGCGUGCGCGGCGCGCGGUUGGGCGUGGGGCGCCGCGCCGCGUUCGGGCGUGGCGGCGCGACUUCGGGCGUGGGCGCGCGCGUUCGGGCGUGGCGGCCGCGGCGCGUUCGGGCGUGUGCGGCGCCGGCGCGUUCGGGCGUGCGGCGCGCGCCGUUCUGGGCUGGCGGCCAGCGCCGCGUUCGGGCGUGCGCCGCGCGCGCGUUCGGGCGUGGCGGCGCCGCGCGCGUUGGGCGUGGCGGCGCCGCGCGCGUUCGGGCUGGGCGCCGCGCGCGUUCGGGCGUGGCGGCCCGCGCGCGUUCGGCGUGCGGCCCCCGCGUUCGGGGUUGGCGGCGCGCGCGCUUCGCUGUGCGGCGCCGCGCGCGUUCGGGCGUGGCGCCCGCUCGCUGGGCGUGGCGGCGCCGCGCGCGGUGGGCGUGGCGGUCGCGCGCGCGUUGGGCGUUGGCGGCGCCGCGCGCGGGCGUGGCGGCGCCGCGCGCGGGGCGUGGCGGCGCCGCGCGGGGGCUGGCGGCGCCGCGCGCGGGGGCGUGCGGAGCCGCGCGCGGGGCGUGGCGGCGCCUCGCGGGGCGUGGGCGCGCCCGGCGCGGGGGCUUGGCGGCGCCGGCGCGGGGCGUGGCGGCGCCGAGCGCGGGGGCGUGGCGGCGCCGCGCGCGGGGGCGUGGCGGCGCCGCGCGGGGGGGCGUUCGGCGGCGCGCGCGCGCGGGGGCGUGGCGGCGCCUCGCCGGGGGGGUGGCGCAGCCGCGCUGGGCGGCGUGGCGGCGCGCGGGCGGCUGGGCCGGCGGGGCGGCGCGUGCGCGCGGGGGCGUGGGGCCGACGGCGCGGGGGGCGUAGGCGGCGCGCUGCGGUAGUGGGGCGGUGGGAAGACGACGCGGCGGGGGGGAGUGGAGGAGAGAGAGAGGGGAGUGGCCGCGGCGGGCGUGCGGCGCCGCGUCGCGGGGGGUGGCGGCCGCUGCGACGGGGGCGUGGGAGGCGGGGUGCUCAUGUUUUUGUUAUUAUUAUCCUGCUCUUGAGUCGUCUAUCUAUGCCGGGAUUAGCUAUGCCAUGACAUCAUUGUUAUUGUUUCAUUUCUUCUCUCCUCCUGAUAUUCCCCAACUCCCCGUUCUCUUAAAGACACACAGGGUCAAGACACACAGGGUCAUGAUUCUCUAAACGCCACACACACGUCUCAGAGUUGUCAUGAGCAGAGAAAAAGGAAUGUCCCCUGCAGUCCUUGGUCACAGAUAGUCAGGAAUACACGUCAUAUAGAAAUUCCAGAAACUAUUUUCAUGGCACAUACAAUAGUUGAACACACACUCAAACACAUUCAGGGUCUACCCGCUCCCUUCUCUCUCUCCCUCCUGCAAAUAAAGCUGCCGAUGACAGAAGAUCGAGGGAGGGAGGGAGGGAGGGAGGGAGAGAGAAAGAGGGGGUAGGGAGGGAGGGAGGGAGGGAUCAGAAGGUCCUGGAUCCUCCCACAGCAGAGGAAACGAACAGUGCCACCAUUCAGACACAUAACAAACACACACACACAUACACAUUUCAGGGAGGCAGAAGUGUAUUAAGAGUAAGUCAGAGAUUAGAUCCUCUCUCUGUUCCUCUGAUAAUGCAUGAGCUAAUAUCCAGGUGUUGAGUGCAUAGCCUAAAGAGCAGGACACACACACACACAGUCUGCUUUUACACUGAAAGGAAUAAGCUUAUAAGGAAAUGAUACACUUAUAAUAUUAUUCUUUACAUAACCUCCUCUUACACACUCUCACGCAAUCUCUCCUCCACUGUGUAAACUGUUUGGUUGUUUUGUUUAACACUGAGUUCAACAGUUGACUCUUUCAUGUUUUGAUUUUAUGUUUUUUUCUGUGAGGAGGAAAUCUAGUUUAUACUCUGAAGUGUUUGGUGCAAGCCAACUAUUGUGUGUGUUUCCGUGUGUUUCCGCUUGUGUCUGUGUCGAUAGGAGUGUGAAGCCCUCUGGUCUCUUGAAAACCUCUAAACAGGAAAAUAAACAACUAUCUACAGUCACAUAAAUGUGAAGAUUUAUUUAUAUGAAGUCACCAUUGGUCGGAAUCACACAAACUGGAGCUUAUGUGUCUGCUGCACACUCACUCACAACCAUCUCCCUACUGUCUUCUGGGAAUGACACACACACACAUACACACACAUACAUUUACAUUUUAGUCAUUUAGCAGACGCUCUUAUCCAGAGCGACUUACAGUUAGUGAGUGCAUACAUUUUUCAUACUGGCCCCCCGUGGGAAACGAACCCACAACCCUGCUCUACCAAGUGAGCUACAGGGGACAUACACACACACAUUGAAUGUGUUCCAUUGAAUAUGUGUGAAUAUGGAAGAAAAUAAAUUACGGAUUAAUAUGCUUUCUUUUGCUUUUCAUGUAGGUUAUAACCCAGUUGUAUUCCUCUCCCUCUCUCUCCUCCUUCCUCUCCCUCUCUCUCUCCCCCUUCCUCUCCCCAUCGUCUCCGCCCCCUUCCCUCCUCUCUCGCCCCUUUUCUCUGCUGCCUCUCUCCUCUCUUCCUUCCCCGUAUCUCUCUUCCCCAUCCUCCCCUCUAUCCCCUCCCCGCUAUCGCCCCCCUUACUCUCCCCGCUACACUUCCCUCCUUCCUCUACCCUCUCCCUCCUCUCCCUCCCCUCUCCCUCUUCGCUCCCCCGUCCCUCAUCCUCUCCCCUUCGCGCCUCCCCUACCUCUCCUCGCUUCCUCUACCACUCUCCCUCCUUCCUCUCCCACUCUCUCCCCCUCCCCUCCUCCCCUUUCCCCCCCCCUUCCUCUCCCUCUCUCCUCCCUUCCUCUCCCCCCCCUUUCCUCCUCCCCUCUCCUUCCUUCCCCCUUCCCCCUUCCCCCUCUCCCUUAUCCCCCUUCCCUCUAUCUCCCCCCCCCUUUCCCCCCCCCUUUUCUCUCCCUCUACCCCCCCCUUUCCUCCCUCUCCCCUCCCCCUUCCCCCCUUUCUUCCCUCCUCUCCCCUCAUUCCCAUCUCCCUCCUUCCUCUCCCUCAAACCUCUCCUCCUUCCUCUCCCUCUCCCCCCUUCCCUCCCUUCUCCCCCCCCCCCUUUCCUCCCCCCCUUUCCCCCUCCCUCUCACUCUCCCCCUUCCCUAUCUUUUCCCCUUCUCUCCCUCUACCUCUCCUCCUCCCCUCUCCUUCUUCCCCCCCCCCCUUCCUCUCCCCCUCUCUCCCCCCCCCCCUCUCCCCCUUUCCCUCUUCUCUCCUCCUUCCUCUCCCGCUACCUCUCUCCUUCCUCUCACCCUCCACUGUCUCCCGUCCUCUACCUCUCUCUCUCCGCCGUCCGCUAUCACUCCCCCUUCUCGCUCUCUCGCUCAUCCUUCUUCCCUCUAUCUAGCCCACUUCCUCCCACUCCCCUCUCUCCUCCUCUCUCUCUCCUCUCUCCUCUUCCUCUUCCGCUAAAUCUCUCCCUUACUUCCUCUCUCCUCCUCCUUCCGCUCCCUCUCUCUCCCUCUCUCCUCCUUCCUCUACCAUCUCCUUCCUCCCUCUCCCUCUACCUCUCCUCCUUCCUCUCCCUCUACCUCUCCUCCUUCCUCUCUCUCUCUCCCCCUUCCCCUCCCUCUCUCCUCCUUUCUCAGGCAUCUGAACAAUGAGCAUGCUCUGGACGACCGCAGUACAGCCCAGUGCAGGGUGCAGAUGCAGGUGGUCCAACAGCUGGAGAUACAGGUGGGACAAACACACACACCCACACAAACACACCCACACACAGGCAUUAUCUGUGUCUGUACUUGUCUGAGCCAGGCUGGGGGUUUAGUGAAAGCACUGGAGCUUGUAAUUUAAAAGAGGAAAGCUGCCAUCACAGGACCCCAUUAUAAACCUCCCAGUCCAGUCCCUCUCUACUGGGAGAGAAGGGAAGAGUACUAGGUGAAAGGAGGGAAGGAGGAGGAAGAGGGGUGGACAUCAAGAUGAUGACGAGUGUGUGUAUGCGUGUGUUUAGAUUUCCGGACCUCUGAGCCCUGCCUGUCAGGACUGACACAGCAGCCAAACACAAACACCCCACAAUAACCCACAAACAGCGUAGUGGCGAACCCAGGUUGUUUGGGCUGGAGCUAGGGUUAGGGUUAGCCGUGGCCCUGGUAAACGCCGUUGAGCCCCACGGCUGAAGCCACCGCUGGGGAACACAAAGUGACAGAGAGGCAGGCGGUGUCACAUCACAUCAGGCCUCCCGCCCUCUCCCCUUUUCCCUGCCAUGUCACCUACCGCCCUGUUAUAGUACCUACAUACACAGAUAUACUCACACACACACACAUCUUACACACACUCACUCAAUGCUGCCAUACUACUACACACACAGCCUAGUGCUGGCCUCAUUCAGCCAGCUUCUCCAGGCCUCUGUCUCACACACACACUCCUGUUCUCUAGCUAGCCCCUAACUGUGGUGUGUUGGCUCGCUGACUGAGAUGUCUCUCAGUGGAGAUGCAGGGAGGCGUUUCCACAGGCUACGAUAGUACACACACACACACAUACGUUUCCAAAGGCUAUAGCACAGCAGCUCCCACUAAACGGCAGUUAGCAAUGGCGAACGGGGACGAGUGUCUGCAGGCUAGUGUGUAUGUGUCUGUGAGUGUGUGUGUGUAAUGUGUGAGAAAAUGUUAGGUGUGUGUGUGUAGAGGGGGUUCCCGUCUCUCUCUCUGCCUGGGGAGACUGGUGCUGUGAGACAGUGAGAACAGCCCUGAGACACACACACGCACCUGCACACACACACACACACACACUACCACAUGCUAAAUCAUAGACUAAGGGGAUGCCUCUUUCUCUAACACAAACACCCAUUACUUCACACCCUUCCCUAAAUAGCUGUGUUUUACUGGUUUAAUGGGAGGCUGAUGUUGCAUUGACACUGAUGUGGCUUGACUGGAUAAUAUCAAGUCCACAGUGUGAGAAUAAACCAGCAGUCUAUAAACAUCAAGACAAACCCAGGUUGGUGUGAAUGGAGCUUGAGCCUAUUUCUUACUACCGUGCUUCUUGUCUAUGACAAUAGUAAUCAUUGACUCAAAAAGUACAAUUUGCUGACGUGUGUGUCUGUAUGGGUGUGUUUCUCAGCUGGCCAAGGAGAGUGA